AUGUUUCUGAUUCUAUGCUCUGUGAGAGGAGAAUUUCUUCCCAGCAUUGAUGCUCACUUGAUGAAUUGCAUGGAGUCGGACCGAGAAGCUCUCAUUGACUUCAAGAAUGGUCUUCAUGAUCCUGCAAAUAGGCUUUCUUCAUGGAAGGGAAGCAACUUUGAUCUUCGUAAUCCACAUCCAAAUAAUAAUGAUGAUGAAUCUCUCAAUAGGUAUGGAUUCUGGAACCUCAGUGGGGAAAUUAAACCUUCAUUGACAAAACUCAUGUCCUUGAGGCAUUUGGACUUGAGUUUUAACAUGUUCAUUGACAACCCAAUUUCUAAUUUUUUUGGAUCUUUGAAAAACUUACAAUACCUGAACCUCUCUAAUGGUGGGUUUAGUGGUGCAAUUCCUCUAAAUUUAUGGAACCUUUCUAGCUUGCAGUAUCUUGAUGUUUCUAGUGAUUUGAUUUGGAGGGAGUCAGCUUCCUUCGGAUCACUCCAAAAUCGUUCUGGGAGGCCACUACCAAAUCUGCAAUACUUGUACUUGUCAGACAAUCAAUUGGUUGGUAAACUACCAAAGUUGCUAGCUCAGCUCGAGAAUCUUGUUGAGCUUGAUUUGUUCAAUAACUCUCUAUAUGGUCCCAUCCCAACUUCUUUUGUAAUAUUACAGCAAAAUCUUACUGUUCUGCUUCUAGGAGAGAAUGAGCUAAAUGGGACCCUCCCUGAAAGUUUGGGACAGCUUUUUGAGUUGCGUAUCUUUGACGUUUCAUCCAAUCAAUUGACAGGUUUAGUUACUGAAGCGCAUUUUCUAAAGCUAAAAAAGCUAUCAGAUUUGGAUCUGUCUUCAAGCUCUUUCACCUUGGAUGUCAAAUCCGAUUGGGUUCCUCCAUUCCAGGUCUCUUCUCUUGCAAUGAGUUCCUGCCAUUUGGGUCCUUCGUCAUUUCCAACUUGGCUAAAGUCACAAAAGCAGGUCUACGAUGUGGAUUUCUCAAAUGCUAGCAUUUCUGGCUCCAUACCUUACUGGAAGUAUUCCAUCAAGCAUUGGAAAUUGUGUUCAUCUCUCUGUAAUAACCACUUGUCUGGAACCAUUCCUACAUUCUUGGGUCAAUUAAGUUGGCUUGAAACAUUGCAUCUCAAUGACAAUAAGCUAUAUGGACAGCUCCCAUCAACUUUACAAAACUUAUCGAGUUUGGAGACCUUAAAUCUUGGAAACAACAGAUUAAAUGGUAGAAUUCCACCAUUGAUUGGGAAAGGAUUUGAAAGUCUAAGAAUUCUUAGCUUGAGGUCUAAUUCAUUUUCAGGAGAACUUCCGGCUCUGUUAUCAGAUUUAAGUUCACUACAAGUCCUGGACCUAGCAGAAAAUCAGUUGAUAGGUAGUAUUCCAGCUAGUUUUGGACAUUUCAAAGGCCAACUUCAAAGAUACACCAAGGCCCUCUCUCUUGUAACCAUGCUAGAUCUCUCAGGGAAUAACUUGAGUGGAGAUCUUCCUACGAAGAUGACAAAUUUGUUCGGUUUGGUCAUUCUCACCUUGUCAAGAAACCAUUUCACUGGUCACAUUCCCAAAAGCAUUUCAAAGCUGAAGCAAUUGUCUUCUCUUGAUCUGUUGGAUUUUAGAACAAAAAACACAACAAAAAUGAAAGAGAAAGAAGCUUAA